CACACUCACACUCACUCACUCUCUCUCUCUCUCUUCUAUCCGACAGUCACUUAAAUGGCAUUUUCCCGGCAUAUACCUGACGGCAAGACCGCCGCCACAACCGCCGUUACUAAGAAGAAGUCCGAUGUCCCAACUCCGCCGCCCAACUGCUGCGUCACGUGUCUUGCGAGACUCAUCAGGAAACUGAAGAGAAAAGGAAGGUUGCUGCUGGCUACGACGGCUCGGAGACAAGCGAGCUCGUUGCAAUGCCGGUACGAUCCACUGAGCUAUUCACUCAACUUCGACGGAGGCGCGUGUGGUUCACUUCCCGAUGAUGAGGAUUAUUACUUUCGGUUCUAUGCAUUUUCUUCGAGAUACGUUACUACUAAUACUUUUAAGAAGAGACCAUCACUUCCACGUGAAUCCUUCUCUACCGCUUCACAUGAGUUCUAGUGAUUUGUCAUUUGGUUAGCUUGGAUUUUUAGUUUCUUAAAUUUAAUUAAAUCUAUCAUUUGUUGUUCUUAA